AUGGCCUCUUUGGCCUGCAUUAGCAUUGACAGAUACAUCGCCAUCACAAAGCCACUGACCUACAACACGCUGGUUACCCCAUGGAGACUUCGGAUCUGCAUCCUGAUCAUCUGGCUGUACUCCUGCCUCGUCUUCUUACCCUCCUUUCACUGGGGAAAGCCUGGAUAUCACGGGGAUGUGUUUCAGUGGUGUGCCAAUUCCUGGAACACCGAUCCCUAUUUUACCCUCUUCAUUGUGGUGAUGCUCUAUGCCCCGGCUGCUUUCAUCGUCUGCUUCACUUACUUCAACAUCUUCCGCAUCUGCCAGCAGCACACCAAGGAGAUCAACGAGAGGCGAGUGCGCUUCAGCUCGCAGGAUGGGGAGGCUGGGGAGGCACAGCCCUGCCCAGACAAGCGCUAUGCCAUGGUUCUUUUCCGCAUCACCAGUGUCUUCUACAUCCUCUGGUUGCCCUACAUAAUCUAUUUUCUGCUGGAGAGCUCCGAUGUCUAUAGUAACCGCGUUGCGUCCUUCUUGACCACUUGGCUUGCCAUUAGCAACAGUUUCUGCAACUGUGUCAUUUACAGUCUCUCCAACAGUGUCUUUCAGAAGGGGCUUAAGCGUCUCUCAGGGGCUAUUUGUGCCUCUUGCGCUAGACAGAGGGUAGCUAAGGACUCCUCUACCUCCAGGAGCAAAAGAUCUUCCAAUGGAUGUCAUGUCUGAGACGCCUGUCAGCUGGACUGGGAAGUGCAGGGACAAUGCUGUGAAUUGCAAAAAUAAGUUAAAUACGAUUUUAAGAUGUCCAGAUUUGCAAAAAGGUUUCUGAGAAAUGCUGCUGACAUAGAAGAAUCAGGAGCACAUAUCAUUGUGGUUUCACUUUAAAAAAAUCAUUGCUGUGGAGGAGGCUGUGGAGUUUCACCUCCAUAUUAAUUUUUAAGAAUAAAGCUGUAUCUUGACACUUACCUCUCCAGCUGGUGUGACUGAAUGGAGUGGGUGUCUGAGAGCUUCGGCAAAAUGUAGUCUUUCUUACAGCUUUACGAGGUUCUUUCGAGAUUCGUGCUUCACAUGUAAAUGGUAGAUCUGAAGUGGAAAUGUCACAGUAUAUGGUAUAUUACAGGGAUUUUUUAAAUAUAUGCCAAAGUAUAUUGACACAGUGUUCCAGCACCGUAACAAAAGGGGCCAAACAAUUUGUUUUUCAGUGCUACCUAGGCAGGACUUGUAGAACAGUCGUGAGCAAUGUGAACGUUUUAGUGUGAACUGAGCGUCUCGCUGAGCCGUGAGUGCAGCGAUGUGAUCUGA